AUACAGUAUAAAGUGUGCUAUGAUAAAUAGUAAAGAAAAAAAGACAGAAACAAAACUGCUGUUUGGUGUACUGUCAGUUAAGGUAAUGUAUGUAGGAGUUGAGCUCGUAAGGAUGGUAACCAUGGAAACCAUAUUUGCGCAGUACAGAGAGAACCUGCUUUGAGGCCAAGUGGCUUAUAUUCUUCCUGAUAAUAUGAAGUGGUUUGUAUUCUUACAGACAUGUUGCAUGAUAACCAUGUGUCUAGUCAUACAGUUGAUAUAAACAAAAUAAACAUAAUGCACCAUGCAGCUUGAAUUUUCAGCAAAUUGCUUGCACUGAUUUUCCCCUAUGGAGAAUAUCUAGUGUGUGUGGGUUAUUCCUUGUGGAAAUGUGGAGGCUGCAUUAUCUUGUAAAUAUGCUGACAAUAUAAUAAAAAGUGUAUUUCACAGUUUAUAUGGUGAGCUCCAUAACGUUUGGGACAAAGGCAUAUUUUUUUCUUGAUUUGGACCUGUACUCCACAAUUUUAGAUUGAUAAUCAGACAAUUCAGAUGUUGUUAAAGUGCACAUUCUCAGCUUUGAUUAAAGGAUAUUUAUACAUAUUGGUUUCAUCAUGUAGAAAUUACAGCACCUUUUAUGCAUAGUCACCCCAUUUCAGGAACCCAUAAUGUUUCAGACAAAUGGCUUCACAAGUGUUUCUGAUUAGUCAGGUGUGUUCAAUUGCUUCCUUAGUGCAGGUAUAAGAGAGCUUUCAGUAUUUGGUCUUGACUAUUAGUGUUUGUCAACAUGAGGACCGGGGUUGUACCAAUGAAAAAUUAAGGAAGGGUAUGUAUUAAAAGUACUAUAAUUCCCAAACAUUUUUGAGCUCAGUACAUAUAUUGGGAAGUGUUGCAAUAUAUUGAUAGUAUAUUUUAUUUCAACAUAUUUUCAGUGUAUUGCCUGGCUGUAAGGGAUUACAUAUUAAAAGAUAAUUGAGUGGCUGUGAGUUCUGCUUUACUUUGAGCUACAGAAAGCUACAUUCAGGAUUGCUGCAGCUCAGAGCAGUGCUCUGAGUUAGGUCAUGAGUUCUGCUUUGUACCAGGAGCUUAAGAAAAGGCUUGUUCUGUAGCAGCCCUUGAAUGGACGCUCUGUUUAAUUGUGUGAUGACAGCCAAUGUGUCGUGUCUACUCAUUGUUGAGAACCACCAUUGUUUUGCUCCAAAGACAAGGAUCAAAAGGGCUCUUUCCACUCAGAUGAGUGCACUGAUGUGCACGUAUUUUGAAGGGUAUAGCCAAGAAAUGGAGGGGCGUGUUGUCUAGCCGUGUCUCUCCUGUUUGCCCACCUGUAGCUGGUGUUCCCCCGCUCUGCAGCUCUCCUAAGCCCUGCUCUAAAACUGCACUACCAGAGCGACCAGGUGCGGGCCGCAGACUGCUGCCUCUGAGCCGUCAGUCCUCCGUCGACAGCGAGCUCAGCACCUCGGAGCUGGAGGAUAAUUCAAUCGCCAUGGGAUACAAGCUGCAGGACCUGACGGAUGUGCAGAUCAUGGCGCGACUGCAGGAAGAGAGCCUGCGCCAGGACUACGCCUCCACCUCCACCUCCGCCUCCGCCUCCGCCUCCGCCAACCGGCGCAGCUCCAGCUUCUCCUUCCGCCCACGGCGGCCCAUGUCCAGCCAGCCGAAUCUGUCCAGCGAGGAGGAGUACGACCGCACGCCCCUCGCCGAGCCCCGCGUGGCCCGCGCCAUGCCCCUGCAGCGGGGCCUGUCUCACUCCCUCUCCUUCUCCGGCGCCAGGGACCCCCGCCGCAGCCCCUCGGCUCCCCAGUACCUCAGCUGCCUCUCAUUCCAGCAGAACUGCGGCCUCGUCCCGCCCGGCUACGUCCCCGGAUACGUGCCGGACGCGCUCUCGCAGGGCCACAGGGCCAGCAGAGGAUCUCCCGUCGGGAAUCAUGCAGUAUAUGAGAAUCACCUGCAGAGAAGCAUGCCCAACUUAGUGCGAGCACCCAGCAUGCCCAGCGUCCCCAGUGUCCUCUCCAUAACCACUGCCACCGGUCACAGCAGUGCUACUUCCUCAAUACGCAACAGCCAGAGCUUUGACUCCUCCAAUGGGCUGACCAGGAUUCAGUCCUCAAUUCCCUCCCCAGGUCCACUCCAGCACCGGUUCCAGAGUGUGGGGAACUUCUCCGGGUCUUCGCGGCCGACUCUGAAGGCCAUGGCCUAUGUCAGCCCCACCAUAAAGGGCUCCCCAAGCCUACCCACUGCCAUGAGUGCUCAGUCCAGCACACCCCUGCCCAACAAACCCGGCGCCCCGCCCACAACGGGCCGCAGCGCCCUCCCCCGUCCCGCCUCCUUCAUCGGGACAGGCGCCAUCCCGCGCAGCAAAAUAGCCCAGCCUUUACGCAGUUUGCUCACGCCUCCAAAGAGCGUGUCUGCCCUCAGCACUCUACGGGAUGUCAGUUGGAGAGACGGAUGUUACUGAACAAGGGAAAGUGGCACAGGAAGCUGCAGUGAAGGCCCAGCAGUGCUGGGUGCUCAGCUGGCCAGGCCUGAUUACUGUCCCACUAAGUGAUCUUGAAUGGGAGAAUAACUGGAUGACCUGGGGCUGCUGGGUGGCUCACUCUGUAAAGGCCCUGAUCUAGCUUGUGAAUGUACCCCACGGUCUGGUAUUGGAUCUCGACUGUACCAAUGUCAGCUGAGUGAAGCAGUCGUACAGGGAGGGGCUCAUUUGACAGCAUCACCUGGUGAGGGUAGAGUUUCAGUUUGGCGGGAUGUCCAUGGCUGUGUAAGAAAUGUCUCCCUAUUUACUAAAUAGUGUACUAGUCAGCCAUCUUGGUCGAGUGCCUGAAUUCUCAAAUCAAAUAUUGAAUACAUUUUAGGGCACUAAAAAUAUCCCACAGUGCACUGUAAUAUUUAGUAAGCAACCGUGGUCAUUAGAAAGUUGGAAGUGAACUAUGAUUCUUUUCUAACUGCUUGCAAAGCGUUUUUUAACUUUUAUUAUAUGCAGACCUUUUUUCUCUUCCUGUGAAGCUGUGUAAGAGAGGCAAUGGCAGAGUCCAGAAGCGGUUUGACUUAAAGAACAACUUUUCUGGGUUUUGCCACGUUGAUGACAAAUGAAUUUCCCUUCUUGGGCAUUAAUAGGUACAACUAAUAUGAUAUAACAUAGUAUUCAAAAACCAAAACCCUACAUCAGUUUGUCCAUUAUGUAGCACUGUUUGAUAGAUAGCUAAAAUGGUCUCUUAUACUAGUUGACAUUACUUAUGAUUCACAGUCCACCAAGUCUAUUGGCUAAAAUUUCCAAUAGCAAUCUUAUUCUUAAGUGAGCUGCUCGACUUUGGGCAUUGCAUGAUAAUAAAUGGGUUUAAUAUCAAAAGCAGGACCUCUGGAGUCAUGUUUUAAAGACCGAUGGUAUGUUAAUGGUUCUGUAUGUAUGCAUCAGACAUGUAGCCUAGGUGCUGAUGCUGUACAAUGCUGUCCAUUUAGUACACUAUUUAGCACCCUAUAAAGACACUCACAAGGUGGGGAUUAGGGAUUAUGGAGUAGUGAGCCAUUUCUGAUCCAGCCUUUGUCCCAUUGUGCACUAGUGACCUCUUCUGGUCAUUCAGGAGCCUGCAGUGAAUAGGCACAAACUGCCCAUGAAGCAUGUCCUCUUCCUACUCACUGUCUGCGUGAGCUUAACUUGUGGACUGCUCAGUGAAAGCUAGCAGUGGCUGCAUAUUCAUGUGCUCUGAUGAAAAGCAUUUGCACGUCUGUGCUUUCAAAAGGAGCUAGCGGGAAUGUGCACAUAAUCACAAUUUGGAUUUAAAGGGGUUAAAAUAUGGAUUAGCUGUGCAGAAUGCCUAUGAAGUGAGUCUGUGAGAUACUGAUGAUACAGGUAGAACUGAGGUAAACUUUAAUGUUGCGCACUGUUGAUAUGCUACUCCUACGGGUAUAAUAUUCAGAUUCUUUAAAAAAAGCGAAGUAUACUAGCCAAAAAUGAUAAAGUCGAUAACAAAAUGGGAUCAAUUUUUUAAAACUUUUUUAAAAAUAAGCGUUACUAUUGAAUUGCUUGCAGUUUUUCUAUUUUCUUUUUCACACAGUAAAUUUAAUUGAACAGAAAUUGUCUAAUAACAUGACAUGAAAAGGAAGUCUUUGUUAUAUGGUGAUAUUUGCUUUAAAGGUGUUGUCUUCACUUGAAACAGGAUAAAGAUUUGUGUUUCUUUGGACUGAGCAAAGCUUUGUUUUGGUCACACAUGUAGCAAUAUGCCUGUAAUGUCACCGGUCCUUUUACUCUCACUAAAAAAAAAAAAAAAAUAGUUUUACAUACUGUACUCUUUUCAUGUUCCUCUUCAAGCACUACAAUAAUAUUAAACUUGUACAGCUGAGAGUGUGUUAUUUAUUUGUAUACCUAUGUAUUUAACAGCUGUAUUGUUUGGGAAUGUAUUUUAAAAGUUAAAUAAAGAUUUAAUAUUAUGGCA